AUGAGCUUGACACGAGGUCAUUCUUGCAUCUUAUGCCAGCAGCGUAAGGUUCGAUGUGAUCAACAGAAACCCUGCACAGGCUGUGUUCGCGCACAGGUAGAGUGCAAGGUUGUGCCCCCACAGCCAGCUCGAAGAAAAAAGCGAAAGGCCGAAGAGGAUGAUUUGAUCCACCGCCUCGAGAAAUAUGAGGCUAUUAUGACCCAAAACGGCAUCGAUUUCCAUUCGAUUUUGGCAAAUAAUCGGGAACUUAACGCGACCGAAAAUUCUCAAGAUGUACAGAAUAGCAUUUCGGGGCCCGGCUCACCGAGGCCUGCAGGCUCUCGGGAAUACCAAACCCACGAUGAGCUGCUACGUGGCUCUGAUGACGACGAUGAUGAUCGGCCCACAAUUCACCACGCCUUUGACAAGACUUUCGCCGAUAACGACGGAUUUCCCUUCAUGGCUGGGGGAUCUACCAGUCGAAUAACUCACCUUCAUCCCUCGGCAAUUCAAAUAUUCCAAUUAUGGCAAGUUUAUCUCAACAACGUCAAUCCUCUUUUGAAGAUCAGCCAUGUGCCCACCCUGCAAAACGAGAUAAUCGAAGCCAGCGCCAACCUUGCCAAUGUCUCCAAGCCGCUUGAGGCCUUGAUGUUUUCCAUAUAUCUCAUAUCAAUAACAUCCAUGUCGAAAGAGGAAGUCCAGGCAGCUUUCGGGUAUUCAAAGAACACCUUGCUCGUCCGGUAUCAUAAAGCUUCACAACAGGCUCUUAUAAAUGCUACAUUCAUGAGAUCAACUGAGCUGGUGACAUUGCAGGCCUUCUUUAUUUACCUUCUGAGUGUAUGCCACAUUGUUGAUCCUCGGUCUCACUUUUGCUUGAUCGGUAUUGCGGUGCGUGUAGCUACUCGUCUUGGUAUACAUCGAGACGGUGCUCAAUUUAGACUCCCACCAUUCGAGACAGAGCAGCGCAGAAGACUCUGGUGGCAACUGGCCAUCCUUGACAAGCGCAUAGCUGAGAUGACGGGCUCUGCUAUCACGGCAUUAUCAUCCUCCCGAACUGACUGUCGACUUCCCCUCAAUGUGAACGAUGGAGAUUUGCACAAGCACACAAAAGCGGCCCCGGUGUCGUCCCCAGGGUCUACCGAAAUGCUCUUCUGUCUGACUCGUGUGGAGCUUCUGGCUGCAGCUAAGCCUAGUAGCAUGCGACCCGAUCCAUCGAUCGCAAGGCAACGACAUAACAACGAGCCACUGCUGCCACCAUCUUCUUUUUGUCCUCAAAAUGAGGAUAAAUUACCUGUUCACGGCCUAGAUGACUACUGUGCCUACAUCGAAUCCACGUAUCUCGAGCACUGUGACCCCGAGAUCCCUAUACACAAAUUUACUCUGCUCACUGCACGAAUAUCGCUCUGCAAGCUUCGAGUUGUCGACUUUAUGUGCCGGAGUACCCAAGCAACAAAAUCUCCAGAUCAAGAGCGCGACGAUAUCUUUAUGGCUGCUGUGCAAAUGAUCGAAUGGGACAAUGAAAUCUACACUGCUAAAGAACUCCAAGGCUUUCGCUGGUACACCCGCUUUCAAGCCCCCAUGUCAGGAUUCUUCUUCAUUUUGAACGAGCUUCGUCAGCGUACAACUGGUCCUCUCUGUGAGCGCGCAUGGAAGGCGAUAUUCAAUGAUCACGAGCAUCGAGGUCUGGUCCGAAACGUGAACAGUCCCAUGCAUGCUGCUUUUAAAAAGGCUAUACUUAAAGCUUGGGAAGCCCAUGAAAAGGCUGAAGCUCAAAAGGAUAGGGUUGUUGAAGCCCCAGAACUGAUUCUCACAUUGCGUCGAGCUUAUUUGUCGAAAGGUGUUCACCCUCAAAUGCAGUCUGACCCGGUCCAGGCUUCAAGUGCGACUGCCCCUCCUCAAGUCGACCAGGUCAACUCUUUGGCAAGCAUGUCAACAUUUGCUUAUAUGGAUGCUCAGCCUGGAAUUGAAUACCAACCGCCCGGACUAGAUUUUGAUGUCAAUCAGCUGUUUUCCACCUUGGAUACUGGAAGCCAAAUUUAUGACCAGGGGAUGAUGGGCUUUGAUGAGACAGACUGGUCUUCUUUGAUGCAGUCGGGGUCUUUCGGGGAAUUUUAA